AUGUGGUUAGGUUGCUUAGUGUUGUGUUUCUGCUUGACAUGGACGAGCGGUGCUCAUAUAUACGACGUUGACUACAAUAAGGAUCAUCUGAAGUUUGAGUGCAAGAAGCAGCGUGAGGACCAGAAAUGCGUGGCUCUGGAGAAGGACGCGUUCGACGAUUAUUUUGUGGAAUACACGAUGCAAUGCGAACGAUCUAUGUGUGACAAAUACGGCAAGGACAUUCUUGAAAAAGUUCACGGCUUCAGUAGGUGUUUGGCUCUUUUUGUUUAGACAAAUUGGUUUUAGGCCGCAAAGGACAGGUUUCUCAUCUUUACGUUACCUUCGGCUUCUUUUGUAAGUUUUUCGCUUUAUUUUUUUAUUGAUUGUUAAGUAAGAGGCCAAGUCCUUAUCAGAUUGACUGAUCAGCCCUAUCACCGUUGAUUUUUUAAAAUUUUUUACUUUCUUCUCGGUAGAAGUGAGAAACGGGCCGGCCCGUCUUUGAGAAGCUUCAUUUUUUCGAUUUUCUGGUUUCAGAUAACACAAAAAAUGACGAGGAUGUAUCCACUCUUCGUUUUCCAAUCAUUGGCCGCGGCAGGCCGGCCUUCUUCUCGCAGGACAACCAAGUGUUGUUCACAUCUGAAGUGGCGGACGACGGCACGAUCACGAUGGUUCCAUCCGGCGUAAGUUGAUUUUGAUAAUGCCGCGCUAUGAUGCAUAAUGUACCGUUUAAAAUUUGGUUGCAAAAACUUUUAUUGUGUUGAAACAAAAGUAGCGUGACACUUUUUAGUCAAAAAAAAUGAAAACUGUCACAAUACUUUUGGUCCAACCUAAUAAAAAUAACGUUUUUUAACAUCUACAAUAACAUGAUGGAAACAAGAAAACACCCUUUAGCUAACAUAACAUUUAAUUAUGUUUCAGAUGAACACCAGAAAACUGUGGAAGGAGAAGGAGCGAGCUUUUGCUUAUAUUGACUACGUCUUCUACGACAAGGAUCGUGUCGUUGACUUGCAAAAGAGGAUUAAAAAGGUCUACGACGAGGCGUAAGUUUCUAACGAAAGUCGACUAAUCGACUGGCAAGUUUUUAACGAAGUCGGCUGCCAAAUUUUUAACGAAAUCAGCCAAUCGACUGGCAAUCGGGACUAGUUGUGUGGUUCUUUUUCUUGCCCAAAGUGUUAGAAUUGGAAAAAAGUGAAUUUUGCGUGAUUUUUUGUUUAGGAGUUUUAUCACCGAUAUGAACGACAUCCCCGGCGAAAGGGUCAGUUCGGACUUGCUAAAACAAAUUCGGGAAAAAUGUUUUGUAAGUUUUGGUUUUCGUGAAACGUUUGGGUAGUUCUUGCAAAGUUUCGGUGGUUUUUGUUGUUCCAAGUUAGGGAGGGUCAUUUUAGACUAAGGGGAGAUGGGUGGGAUCCACCUCUUCUCUUUAAAGUUGCGCUCAUAGCGAAGUGGCUCAGUUUGGACUAAAAAGCGAGUUGCACCAAGUACCCAAAUACUCCCAGGGUUUUGGUAUGUGAUCUAUAUAGGACGAAAGGCCAUAAAAAGUUGCCGUCAAAGUUAUUUUCAAAAACUGCUAAAUGUCUUUGGCUACUGAGUUACAGUACGCUCAAUAUUUUCAUUAUGAUUAAAAGGCGUAUCUUUAAAGUUCAAAAAAUACUAUUUUUAAAUAAAUAUUUGCUUUAAAAAGUAGCUAAAAACAAAACUUAUGACUAAAAAGGUAUAAUAUUGUUUAUGCUCUUUCAUCCUAUAUAGGUGGCAUACCAAAAGCCGACGGAUAUUUGAUGCAAUUUUGGAUCAGCCCUUCCUUUUUUUAAUUAUAUGAAAGUUUCAAAAAACAUGUUUUAGGUCAGUAAUGAGUUUUGUGCGAUUGACACUGAGACCAACAUGGUGAUCAACACUCCCUACCCAUCAGCCGGUCGUUUGGGCAAAAUGACGAUUGAACUGUUGCACAAACCAAAACUGACUGAGACUUUUCCAUAUUAUCAGUUCCAUCACGAAGAUCUGCCAAAGUAUGUAUGUUUUGUCAAUCUUAAUAAUAAAAGCUUGAUUUCAGUCACGUUUUUUACUUCAAAGAUGUUAGUGAGUGGAAUUUCAUUGAUAAUCAACCUAACCUUCACAUUGAUACCACCGAUCUGUCCAGAACGAAGCCGUACUCUUUCUUUGCAAACGAAAAGUGAGUUUUUAAAUAAGCUUUGGAAUAGUCUUUAAUGCUUUCUUUUUAGAAAAGGUAUGCUUCGCUCCUUCACACCAUGGCCAAAGCACACUGACAAGAUCUUCACCAUCAUGAAAAAGAUCGUGGAACAGGAGAGGCCGACUACAACCGUUGCCACGACCACAACCACUACGAAAUACGUUGCGCCCAUCACUCGUCCGAAAGGUAGUGGCGACGAACAGAGUCAUGAUGACAGUGACGAUGGCGGUCACGAUGAAGGUCAAGAUGACGAUAGUGAGCACGAUGAGGAAACUCAGAAUGAUGAUAUAACUCAAAAUAAGGAUGAGGACGAAACUUCAGCCGGCAACUGCAUUCAUCUUAUCGUCGCCUUGUUAAUCGGCUCUUUGGUUUUACUGUUGUGA